GAGGAGGAGGAAGAAGAGGAGGAGUUGUGGCAGCGGAUCGCUGACUGAUUGUUUUCUGUCGACUUUUCUUUAAAGUCAUCGGUUUAUUUUUUUUUAACUGAAUCCACGAGCGUUUCUCGCUGCACCAAUUUUCUGUCCAGAAAGUUCAGUAGUAGGGCUGAGCCUUUGUUUACAAAGCGUUACUACUCUACAAAGUCGACGCCAUGGAGCCUGACAGUCAAGACAUCAACCUGAACUCCCCUAACAAGGGUGUGGGUGUGGAACAUUCACCCAAUCUGUCUGAUGUACCCGUGGAGGGAGCGGUGGGGAGUUCUGACAACCCUCCUCCACCUGGUCUGACGGCAGAGGAGGCUGAAGAGCUGCGGACAGAGCUCACCAAAGUGGAAGAGGAGAUCAACACUUUGCGUCAGGUUUUGUCAGCCAAAGAGAGACAUGCCACAGAGCUGAAGAGGAAACUUGGUCUUAGCCCGCUCUCUGAACUCAGGCAGAACCUCUCCAAGGGCUGGCAGGACGUACAGGCCUCUAAUGCAUAUCUUACUGCCUCAGCCACUUUGGAUGACAUUACCCACUCUGAAGUAUACAAGAAGACCCAAGACACUCUUGCCCAGGCAGGACAGAAGACCACUGUAGCGCUCUCCACAGUGGGAACAGCCAUUGGCAAGAAAUUUGAAGACAUGAGAGCUCUUCCUUUCUCUAAUUCUUUUAGCAACUAUUCCAUUCGCCACUCGAUAAGUAUGCCCGUCAUGAGGCAUUCUACCACUUUCAAGUCAUUUGAGGAAAAAAUGGAGACUAUAAGGUUUAAGGUCGUGGGUCCCAAGGGGAAUGGACAGCCGGCCACCUCACAGUCUGACACCACCCCCACUCACGACAAUCCACCUUUCUGAAUUCAUCUCCUCCAACUCCUCCUUCCUUGCUGCCACCUUCUUCACGACCUCAAACUGUACUGUUACCACCUGAUGUCGAGUCACUCCUGAGCCGACCUUUGACCCUUCGCUGGCUUGCCACCAAUCAGCUGAACCGAGGUCGGUCGGCAGGCGGAGGUGAAGGACUCGUGGUUGUUGGUCCCUCGGUCUCCAUUCUUCUGCCUCGCUGUUGAUUGAUUUCCAGAUGUGGCGUUGCCUCGUUCCAUCACUGCCUCCUGCCUCAUUCCCAGUGAAACUGUCGGCCGCCGUUUAGUCAGAAUCCACAUCCAGUUCUUCUCCGAUACCUUAGAAAGAAACACUGGUUGUUGAAAAUAAACUAAAACAUGCACACACAAAAUAAGUCAUGCAUUUUAAAAAUUUGUUGUUUGAAAGUAAAAUGACACUUUUUGAGUCGGUGACACCUGAAAUUUUAACCUACAGGAGGCUUUGGUGGAGGAUUUUUUUUGGGGUGGGGUGUUUUCUUUUUCCAUGUCUACUUUUGUUUGCGGUCGCUGUCAAUAAUCAAACUAAUCAAACUGUGUUGUCUGAGGCUUUUUGUGGGCCGUUGGCCAAUUUGUUUUUAGUAAAUAGAUUAUCGCUGAAACCUCACUAACCGCACGCUGGUGUCGCUGCAGUAAUCACAGCUGUUAUUUGUCAAACUUGUACUCUGGUUUCUAACCAGUUGUGCAGAAUAAAGCCGCUUUGCAGCCGGAAACGGCGUGUUCUCAGAGGCCUGGUGUGUCUGUAUCUUCUGCCUUGAGACAUGGAGUUCUUCUUAAAAUUUGGCAAAUAUUAAAUCUUCAUCGUCCUAGAUUUGCCGGUAUAGUUGUGGCAGGAGGCGUGCGCUCGUUCCCGUGAGUGUUUUUCUGAAGAUGGGUUCCAUGAAUUAAGACUUAAAGCGACGUGUUCCUCUGCUGUGGUCUCCAUCUCCUCCAGUUUAACUCAGUAACUCAAAAACAAUAAAAGCUUUGAUCUCUUUAGUCUCCAAAUUAAAAUGAUCAAUAAUGAGGCAAAAAAGAUUUAAGACGAACUUUGAUGCACCAGAAAAAUUGGAAAAACAACUUUGUUUUGGCUGCCACCUGCUGGUCAUGUCUGCCUGCGUUUGUGGCAGGGAAUGAUCUUAUCCUCCUUACAUGCAUGAGGAAAAUUAGGAGCAUAUGUGUUGGUAGUUACAUGUAGCUUUAAGUGAAGUCGUUGGCCAGUUCUUUUUUAACUUCCAAAAGUGGAUUUUACUUCCAAAAGUGGCUGCUGAUUUCUGUUUAACAUCUGUAAAUCCGUAUGUGAGCGGCUGUGAUGGUCCUUCAGGGUGUGUGCUCAGAAUGAACUAAUCUAACUAAUCUGACAAUUCUUGUGCUGUUAACUGAUUUAAAAAGCAGAUUUUACAGUUUCCCACCUGAGCCCAAGACUGUCGGUAAACCCCCCAAAAUUGUAAAAUUAUUGUGAC